AGGCUUUAAAAGAAUAUAAAAUUUAUGAUAUAAACAGUAGAAGGCCAGCAGAGCUUGAAAGAGCGGGCUGUUGCCCAAGGAACGUGUUGACGUCACAGUUACAUUUUUUCACGUUCAUUGAAGGGAACGAUUGACAGUUGGGACAUUUAACAGGAUGUCUAGAUACAAAAUGGAUAUGACAGUGUAUUUUUUUGAAAUCGUUGUGAUAUUUUUUCUGUCUCAAGGAUACAGCGGGGAAACAGCACUAAACGUGACGUCUGUCGUUUUCAACGCAACCGGAGUGAACAGCGGACUUUCUGUACAGGUGGAAUUUAGUGGCUCACCCACGAUUACAUGUCUCAUUGAUAGCAGCCUUAGAAGCGGCGGGGAUGAGGAGGAAGUCGACAUCAUUGAGAUUUCAGAAUCAGACCCGUCUCCUCUUGAGACUAACGUUCGUAUAAAUGGGUAUUAUAAUUUAUACAUCUUAGUUGUUGAUGAUGACGAAUUUGAUACGGAAACCCAGACAGACUAUUACCUCGGAGACGCUAUAACAGCGAUAGAUAUCAGUAACAACGCUAAUGGAUUUAUAAUACCUGUCAUUUCACCGGUAACCGCUGAUGUUAAUUACGCGGUCUAUUUUCUUACAGGAACAGAUGUUAAUAUCACCUUUACACUUCUAAACAGUUCAUGGACGUUCCAAGAACCUUUUGUUUCCAAUGAAACGCAAACUAUUUUGAUUAAUCGAUCGAACUUUCCGACGUCAGGACUCUACACAUUAGUCGUGAAUUUGACGAGCCCGUUACAUACAAGCGGCAUAGUGAAAUAUAGUGUGUUAGCUGUGCAAGAACCUCUCGAUGUAACCAGUGUUUCUCUACAGGGAUACUCUACAGAUAUUGAUCCCAUACACGUCAUGGUUGGCCAGGAAUUCCAAGUGGCAGUUCAGUUAUUAGCUGGCGAUAGUCUUACGUUUACGCUUACGGUUGAACAAGAUAAUACUACAAUUGACCUCACGGGAAACCACUGUACAGGAAAAAUAACGUCAAAUGAACUCAAUUAUACGUUCACCUCUACCGGAUCGUAUAAUCUGACUGUUGACAUUUCAAAUUAUGUCAGCAAUUAUACUGAAACAAUCGCGGUGGAAGUAAUUUACGAAGUAAAUUAUUUAACUGUCGAUGUAACACCUAUACCGGUAGUUUUGCUCUCCACUGAGACGGUAACCUACACAGUGACAGUUGCAGACACUGCAAACUUGCCAAUGGGAAACGUCACAUGUAAUGUGGAAUCAGAUAAUGGCCAUACAACAGGGUCGAUGGAAUUUGAUAUGUCAGCAUCCGAUUAUGCUUCUCUGUCUAAAACAACAGACAUAGUGGAAGCAAGAUAUGUCGAAGGAUGGUAUGAAAUAACUGUCAACUGUUCUAACCAGCUUCCAUAUGAGGUAAACUCUAUUAAAACAUAUUACUCUUUCAAGCAACUGGUAAAGGUUGUAAAUCCCAUCGUCGCUUUGAUGCUAAUUCACGACAGUCCGGAUCCAUUCCAUCAUGGAUUUUCAAAGCCAAUCACGUUUACAGUACAUCUAACCACCCCUGCAACAGAUCUCCCAAAUGCAAAUCUAACGUGUGAGUUUAAUACGGACAGUAGCGGCGUCGGUGAUAUAAAGUCCGUAACUGGUGACGUUACGAGCUCAAGCAAUAUAACGUAUACGAAAACAUUUAACGGCGGUAAGAAUUACACGGUUUCAGUAAACUGCAGUAAUUUAAUGGAUGAUGAAGUGCUAACCUUAACAGACACAUUUCGCAUUUACUUCGAUUGCUGGGGAGCAGAGCAGUAUUUCUCAAACAUUUACCAAACGCAUACUGGAGCAUUGGUAGCUAAAACAAACGAAGCAAAGCAGAUAAAGGCAGACGUCAUCUUGACCGGAAACUGUAAUGGUACGCUAAAACACCACUUUACAUUGUACAAAGUAGAUAAUAUCACUGAAACAUUCGACCGAAACUUGACAAGUAGUAGUGCCACCAGUCUAAACAUUCCGAAAUUUGAUAUACCACAUGGUCUUUAUAAACUGAAGCUUACAACAUACUUUACUGGAAUAGACCCUACUCCGGUGUUGUCAGACUUCAUUUAUCUAAACUAUACAUUACCACCGUUGAUUCCAUCAUUGGCUGUGGACGGUUCUUUCAACGCAAUGAAAACAAUUAUCACUACUGCAGAGGUUGUCAUUAACAGUUCCCAGUCGAGUGACCCAGGUUUUCCUAAUUCUGUGCAGCUCAAUAGGCAAUGGAAUUGUAAAACAGGAGUCAGCCUCUCCGAAGCAGACGUGCUUGCAUUCAUGAGCCAAGAAGACAUUAGCGAUUUUCCUGAUAAUGCAAACGCAGCUUGUCUAUUUUCCAUUGUUCCAGAUGCUGUUCAAUUUACAAUUCCUCCGAACACAUUAUCAACACAAUGGUAUAUUCUAACGCUGACUAUAACAGACGACAAUAUCCCUCCUUCAAGAAGAUCGACAAAGGCACAAGCAAUAUUGGGUGCUGACCAGGAACCGCUUACACUUGAGUUACAGUGUAUAUCAAACUGCUAUCCAGGUUCUUCUAACAUUGACACCAUAAUUCUGAAGGACCUCCAGUUAAAUGUAAAGGUAGAAACACCUGGACUGCAGAAUAAGUCCAUGGGCUAUCAGUGGGCCUUUAAAGCGAGUAAGGCAGAUUCAUCCUACGAUGACAAAACGGAAAAUAUCAAUGACACUUCCAAAAUUGGAGUCAAGAUAUCCAAGGAAUUACUAACGGAAAUGAUUGGAAAUAACUACACAAAGUUCAUCGUUUCUUGUACAGUAACAGCACAAAACUUUGCACUAACAACUGUAUCCCAGAUCUACAAAAUGAACCUGCCUCCAUACAAUGGCACUUGCGCGUGGAGUGGAACAAAUGAAACAGUAACGGCUAGUGUAACAGAGGUUUGUUUUGAGUGCAUGUUUUGGGUAGACGAAGGUGAGAAGUCUGAAAGAGAUAUAAGUGACACGGGCGGUACAGUGCAGUACGCCGGAGUUCAGUUAUAUCUCAACGAAGAAAACGAAGUUAAUAACAGUCAUGGAGCUACAGAACAUCCGUAUUCAGCGAACCCUAAACAGUGUUUUAAACUGCUGAAGUCACCUGUAGAAGCGGUUACAAAGACAAGAGUUCAAGCUAGAAUUCGAGAUAUAUACCAGCUGCCAUACGCCUCUGUAAUACUCCCAGACCUUGUGAUAGAACCUGCAGUUCCGAAGAAUGCCAGUGGUGAAGCGGGUGUCAAGAAAAUCGAAGCGAUGUUGGAGAGCAACUCGAAAACCAUGGAAAAUGCCCUUAAAACUAAUGAUAUAGAGGGCACUGCAGCCGCAAUUUUAAUAAUGGCUGAUGCUCUUCCUGAGGGACCAGAAGGAAAGGAGGCGAUCGCACCAGAGGAAAACGAGCCCGACACUGGAGGCCUCAUCAUUGCUACUGACGAAGAUGGUGAGCCCAUCUCGGCAAACAAGGCAAUAGGCAGCUUAGCUAAACAAGAGGUAGAUCCAGUGCUCACCAAAUGCAAAGAGGCGAUGGUAGACUUUGUCGAUGCUCUUCUCAAUACGUCAACUUCACAGAGCGAAGAGACAAAACGAAAUCCUGUUUCACAGUUACAGGUCGCAAAUGCAGUCGCGGGUGUUGCAAAAGGAAAGAAACAUUUAAAUGAGAGCUCACUGUCCACGAUGAAGGAUAUCGUAACAGGUAUUUUUGUUAACACUGAAGAGGUAGACAGCGGCAGUCCUGACGGAGAAAACUUUCUUAAAGGAGCAAUAAAUAUGAUGGCCGUGGUAGCCAGUGCUAUGGCACCCUCUGAUCUUGCCGGUGUACAAAAAGAUGCAUCUUUAGCGGCCGAAAGGGCUCGCAGUGAAGCAGAAGCAUUGUUUGCUAAUGAAGACACACAAAAACAAGUCGAAGAGGGAAAAUUAAGCCCUGCUGAAAUGCAAUUUAUUAAAUCCGUUUUAGCCAAACGGCAGAAGGAAAGUGUAAAGAAACGACAAGACUUGUGUAAUGAAUACUCCAAGAAAAAAACGGCGUACCAAAUGAACAUUGUGCGCAAUGCAAAAAUCAGUGAUGGGUCAGAUAACUCUAUAGGCGCUGGUGAUGCAAGAGCAGAUAUGACUCGGGAUACUGGGGAAAAUCUAGCAAACAAAACAGUGCAAUCGGCCACAUCAAGCGCAAACUAUCCAGGUUUGGCCACAGGAGGGUACAAAAAGACAACUGUAGCGAUUUUUCAUCAGUCGUCUGUUUCACGUAUUGAUAACAGCGACUACGCAGGGGCAAUUUCGUCUGGAGAAAGUACGUUAGUAAUUGAUACAGAAGGGGAGUUGCCCAAGGGACGCGUGAAGCUAACACAUAAGAUUGGACAAGUAAGCCUCCAGCCGGUAGAGUUGUUCAACAAUGAAGAUGACGCGUCAAAGUUCACAUAUUUUCUAGUUAAUGUCAAAACGACGUUUGACGACCUGAAUUUCAAUAUUAAGCCUGAUCCUGAAUCGGGCUUGCUCGCAGAAAAAUUCAGAAUAUACAUCCUAUAUAUAGAAUAUAUAGAUCAGAUGGAAACUCUAUUUGUGUCGAAAACAACAUUCACUUACACGAAGGAGUGUGACGCAAGUAACUGUGUGGUGCAGUUUAAACCUGAGGAGCGAGGCCCAAAUGCUGGUGUCUACAAGGUCGGCAUUGAGACAAUUCAUAAAGAAGAUAGCAACAGUACAGCCCGAAGGAAAAGAUCAGCUUUCCUUACCAAGAAUGAAACAAUUCAAUUCGGUACAGCCACAAUGGCUUGUAUGACGUGGGAUGAUAGUACAGACUCGUGGAGAUCGGAUGAAUGCGAGGGUACCUGGAAGCCGGACACGGGCGAGCUUGACUGUGAAUGUAAACCUAAGAAAGCGCUUACAUUUGCCAACUCUUUUUAUGUGGCCCCAAACAAGAUAGAUUUCAGUUCAGUGUUCUUGAAGUUCUCGCCCUUGAACCAGGCUGCUGUCAUGGCAACUCUGAUUCUGAUUUUACUUAUUUACAUCAUCAUUGUCAUAUGGACGAGGCGUCAAGACAGGAAAGAUCUACUGAGGUGGGGUAUCACACCACUGUCAGAUAAUUUCAGUGAAGACAACUACUUCUAUGUGAUUAAAGUGUUUACCGGCAUGCGACCUGGUGCCGGAACGAGGUCUAGGAUUUGUAUGGUGAUAUGUGGAGAAGAGAUGGACAGCGGGGUCAGGGAACUCUAUGACGGUGUUAGAGAUGAAUUUUCAACCGGAAGUGUCAUGAACUUCCUUAUGUCAACGACUGUGUACCUGGGCGACCUGGAUUACAUUCGAAUCUGGCAUGAUAACUCUGGUGGUGGUAGCUAUGCUUCCUGGUAUUUGAGCAGAAUGGAGGUGCAUGAUGUCCAGCGUAAUGAGUCGUUCUCGUUCCUCGGUGAACGGUGGUUGGCUGUCGAGAAAGAAGAUGGUCUGCUUGAAUGUGUCCUCCCUGUCUGCAAGUCAGAGAAUCUUAAUGUGUUCAAGAAUCGUUUUUUCAUGAAUGCGAAAGACAACCUUGCAGACAGCCAUAUAUGGAUCUCUGUGGCAUACCGCCCACAAGCCAGUAACUUCACCCGUACUCAAAGAGCAUCAUGCGCCCUGUUGUUUGUCAUGCUUACCAUGAUAGCAAAUGCAAUGUUCUUCAAAGGAUCAAACGAGGACAACUAUGAAACCCCAGCAGAACUUCAAGUUGGCCCGUUUAGAUUUUCACUCCAGCAGAUAUAUAUAUCAUUUGUUUGUGCUUUGAUAGUCACUCCAGGGACCUUGCUUGUUAUAUACCUAUUCAAACUGUCCAAAGUCAAGUUGGAUCCCAAUGCAACGGUUUUUCAAGCCAAUGACAAAUCGAGUCGUUAUAAGAUACCGUUCAUGAACAACUGGUUGGAAAACGAACAGAAACGUAGUGUGGAGCUGGAGAAACACUUGGUUCAAAAAGGGUUACCGAACAAUCAAGGGUUCGCCUUACCGCACUGGUGUAGAAAUCUUGCAUGGUUCAUCGUUCUGGUGACGUCGUUCAUCUGCGCUUUCUUCAUAAUGUUGUUCAGCAUGGAGUGGGGCAAACAGAAGUCGGAAGAAUGGAUUGCGACCUUCUUACUUUCCUUCUUCGAAUCGGUGUUCUGUCUGGAUCCAGUUAAAGUGGGAAUUAUGGCUUUGGUGGUAGCACUUAUAUGUCGUUCUACAAAAGAUUUACAGGCUCCCGUGAACAGAAGCACGAUAAUGAAGAGAUACUCAUCAAAUCUCCGAGGAAAAUCGAAAGGCUUGCGUCUUCCGGCACCACCCCUGGAUCAAAAGAAGCUUGAGAAAGCCCGAGAAGAGAAGCAAAGAGAUGUGUUGAUGAAAAGGGCGAUGCGUGAUAUCAUCACCAAUAUAGUUAUCAUUUGGAUCUUGUUCAGCAUCAGCUACAGCAACAGGGAUACGAGGUCGUUCUAUAUGCAUAAGGAAGUUGUUAACACGCUACUCGAACCCAUCAAUAAGCCAUCAUUCUCUUCGAUAAGAACCACAGAGGACUUCUUUGACUGGUUAAAUAACACUGCUAUUAUCAAUGCAUUCCCGGAGUAUGAGAAAGAUGCGGAUAGUACGCCGUUACAUUGGAGAGUGCGUCAAUUUACGGAAGGAGGAUCUCAUUUUAGAGUUGGUCCUCCGAGGCUGCGGCAAGUUCGAACAACAAAAGAAUCAUGUACAAAUUCCCCAUUCCCAACUGAAGACUGCUUCAAAAGAUACUAUGAACCGACUGAGGAAACCAAAUCUUACUGCAUCGGAUGGAAAGCAGGCUCGUGUGAUCCCGACGAAGAAUUAUAUAAAUAUUCAUCAGACGCUUGGAAGUUCACAUCAGCUUUUGAUAUUUGGGGCAUGCCAAUAUCCGGCUACUAUACCACUUAUGGCGGUGGUGGUUAUAUCUCUAAACUCAGCGUCAACAGGAAAGUGAGUCUGGAUAUUCUAGACGAGCUGUACCAGAACUCCUGGGUGGAUAGACAAACCAGGGCUGUACUAUUUGAGUUCACUCUCUACUGCUUAAAUGCAAACAUUUUCACGUACAACAUGUUCAUGGUGGAGUUUCCGGAAACAGGUGGCGCUAUGCCGUAUUACAUCAUAUUCCCAAUGCGUGUUUACCUUCACCAAGGACCACUUGGUAUAUACACUUUAGCUUGUGAGGUUUUGUUUGUCUUGUACGUCAUUAUUUUGACCGUAAUGAUGAUUGUGCAAUUCGUACGACAGAAAAAAGACUUCUUCAAAAAGGGAUGGCAAAUAUACGACCUUGUAUUCAUCAUUCUUGCAUACGUGGCAAUGGUAAUGAACAUAGUUCAGGUCGUAUUUACAAAUAUGAGUUUGGAUGUAUUCCGGGAAGACAAAAAAGCGUUCGUCAACUUUUAUCACUUAGCCAUAUGGAAUACAAUCCUCGUCUUAUUAAUCGGUCUCCUGGUUUUCAUGGCAACGCUUCGAAUGUUGAACAUUCUUGGUUAUAACAAAAGAAUUGGUGCCGUGGCAAAAGUGUUCACGAAAGCAGCAAGCGAUCUUCUCUGGUUCGGCUUAUUCUUCUCAUACGUUUUCACCUGUUAUGCGGCAUUCGGAUUUCUUCUGUUUGGAUGGAAGCUAAAAUCCUACAAGAAUGUCUUCAAAACAAUGGGAACGCUGUUCAUAAGCAUGAUUGGAAAGAGCCGUUUCACAGAAAUCGAGGAAACAGAUCCUGUGUUCUCGAAAGUCUACUUCAUGUGCUUCAUCUUUUUCGUGGUCUAUAUGAUCUUAACGAUGUUUUUGGCUGUGCUGUCCAAAGCGAUAGAUCAAGUUCAUCAAGAUACGAAGAGAGACAGAAGUGAGGAAAUGGUGGACUAUGUUAUCAAGAAAAUGAGAGGGUUAAUGACGUACGGAGGUACGGCAAAGAAAGGAUCAGUAAAACCGGCUCCUUGGAAUCGUGAACCAUCGGCUUGGAGUCAUAAACACAGAGCAGGUCAAUUCACAAAAGCAACAAAUCGCGAAAUCCUGCAAGAAAUCCGGGAAACAAUGAACGAGGCUUUAACAGUUGACCCAAGAGACUUCAAGACUCCAGAUGUUGAACACAGCAAAAGGAAAGUAAAGUUUCGGCGUUAGAUGUCAGCUGUUGAGCGCUCAGUCAAUGAUAAAGACAGUUUGUUAGAUGUGGUUUACAUACAACACGGAUGCUUUUUGCAAACAUUAAUAUAUUUAUAAACAUUGAUGUUAACUUGUGUUAAACGAACGAAAAUAAUAUUGUAAAAUAUCUUCCUUUGACUCGAGGCCUUUCAAUGAAAAGUGGUCAUAAAUAAUGAAGUGUUAAAAAUUUCAUCUUCAUCAAACACUGUUAGAAAAGCAUACGUGCAUCAAGUAAUAUUACUUCAUUUUUUCAGUAUUUAAUACACAUCUCUAUAAUUUAUUAUUACAACAAGAAGGUGAAUGUCUUGGCAUCAGUUCAAGUCUUCAAGGGACGUAGAAUAUUUAGAGUAAGCAAAUCAAAGACCAGUCUCUUUUAAACGGACAUCGAAUAAGUGAGAAAAUAUGAAAUUGAGAUUAAACAAAGAAUCGAAAUGUAAAAAAAAAAUAUGUUAAGAGGAUGCGAAACAUACUUUUAAAUUCAUUUAAAUCAUCAGAAUGUGAUGCAGUCUUACAUACAGCUAACACAACUUUACAAAUUGCGUCUUGUAAGCUUACCAAUCUUUCACACAGCUAACGCAAUCUUACAACAACAAAUAGUCAUGCAAUUUUUUAAGAGGAAAAAGCUUGCAUACAGGUCAGACAUCACCAGUAGGUACCCCAUCGCCACUCAUAUCCCAACACACACGCACGCACGAAGGCACGCACGCACACUUUGAAAAUGUAACUUUAUUAUACUAGCACUUUAUACUUAUUGCUUUUGAACAGCGUUUAUGUAAUUUAAUUUAAUUUAGGUCCUACUCAUUAAAUUAUAUAUUGCAACUACAAAAUGAUCAAUUUAGCUGAUACAUUGACAUGUAACACUUACUAUCAUAUUACAAGCGUAACACGUGAAUGAAUGCAAUGAAGCCAUCUAUUAUUCAGAAACAUACAAAGUUGAAAUCAAUAUGAAAUAUGUGUUCAAAUGACAUGACACCUCAAUAUUUUUUUAUAAAGUUAAAGAGGACACUUGGGUGAAAUUAAACCUAAAUGAAAAUUAUUUUGUCAUCAAAAAUAAUUAUAUCGACAGAGUUUUUUAAUAAGAUAAAUUAUGGUUAAUAAAAGAAAAUCAAUUACCAGAAUCCAUUUCCUAGCUUUUACUUUUUUCAGUGGUAUAUUGUCCGUCAUACUUUAUAAAUUAUCCUCCGUUUACUGAAUCAGACUAGCAUCUGUCAAAAAUAAGAAUAAAAGUAGAAUCCCCCCUCGAAGCAUUAUGCAAAUCGAACAAGAGCCACACACCACAGGCAACAAGACCCAUACAGCAAACGCAGCCAGGGCCAUACAUAAAAUGUAACCAUGUCCAUAUAUCAAACAUUAUCUGGGUCAUACAUCAAGCGUAACCAAAGCCAUACGUCAAACGCAACCAUGGCCAUACACCAAACGCAACCAAGGCCAUACACCAAACGCAACCAGGGCCAUACAUCGGAAGAAACUAAGGCAAUACUUAAACCGCAAACGGGGCCAUACACCAAACGCAACCAUGGCCAUACACCAAAUGCAACUAGGGCCAUACAUCGAAAGAAACUAAGGCAAUACUUAAACCGCAAACGGGGCCAUACACCAAACGCAACCAUGGCCAUACACUAAACGCAACCUGGGCCAUACAUCGAUAGAAACCAGGGCAAUACAACAAACGCAACCAUGGUCAUAUAUCAAAAGCAACCCGGGCCGUACAUCAAAAACAACCAGAGCCAUACAUAAAACGAACGCAACAAGCGUCAUACAUCGAAUGCACCAUGGAUCAUACAUCAAACACAGCCACAUCUACCAGUGUCACUCAUUAAACGCAGCCAUGCCCAUACAUCAAACACGAGAAGAGUAACACAUC